AUGUCGCGGGGUGGCUCCAGCCCGCACCUGUUGUGGGACGUCAGGAAGAGGGCCCUGGGGCUGGAGGACCCGUCCCGCCUGCGGAGCCGCUACUUGGGAAGAAGAGAAUUUAUCCAAAGAUUAAAACUUGAAGCAACCCUGAAUGUGCAUGAUGGCUGUGUUAAUACAAUCUGUUGGAAUGAGACUGGACAAUAUAUCUUAUCUGGAUCAGAUGAUACCAAGUUAGUCAUUAGUAAUCCUUAUAGCAGAAAGGUCUUGACAACAAUUCACUCAGGGCACCGAGCAAAUAUCUUUAGUGCAAAGUUCUUGCCAUGUACAAAUGAUAAACAGAUUGUAUCCUGUUCUGGAGAUGGAGUGAUAUUUUAUACCAAUGUGGAACAGGAUGCAGAAACCAACAGACAAUGCCAAUUCACAUGCCAUUAUGGAACAACCUAUGAGAUCAUGACCGUACCCAAUGACCCGUAUACUUUCCUCUCUUGUGGUGAAGAUGGAACUGUUAGGUGGUUUGAUAUGCGCAUCAAAACUAGUUGUACGAAAGAAGAUUGCAAGGAUGAUAUUUUAAUUAACUGCCGACGUGCCGCCACUUCCGUAGCUAUUUGUCCACCAAUUCCAUACUAUCUUGCUGUUGGCUGUUCUGAUAGCUCAGUACGAAUCUAUGAUCGCCGAAUGCUGGGCACCAGAGCUACCGGGAAUUAUGCAGGCCGUGGAACCACGGGCCUGAUUGCUCGCUUCAUCCCUUCCCAUCUGAACAACAAAUCCUGCAGGGUUACGUCUCUGUGCUACAGUGAAGACGGUCAGGAGAUCCUCGUGAGUUACUCCUCAGACUACAUCUACCUUUUUGACCCAAAAGAUGAUACAGCACGAGAACUUAAAACUCCUGCAGAGGAGAGAAGAGAAGAGUUGCGGCAGCCCCCAGUGAAGCGAUUGCGACUUCGAGGUGAUUGGUCUGAUACUGGGCCCCGAGCAAGGCCAGAGAGUGAGCGAGAGCGAGAUGGCGAGCAGAGUCCCAACGUGUCCCUAAUGCAGCGCAUGUCCGACAUGCUGUCCCGAUGGUUUGAGGAAGCCAGUGAAGUGGCACAGAACAACCGGGGCCGCGGGCGGGCUCGCCCCAGAGGUGGCACAAAUCGGCCUGAUGGGCCCAACCUGCCCACCGUCCCUUCGGGCGCUGACCUGGAAGUGGGUGAAACGGCCAUGGAGGUUGACGUCCCUGUGGAAUCCUUCCUCCCGCCUUCUGCUUCCUCCUCCACGUCCCUGCGGGCUCAUUCCACAGCAUCCACCGACAGCGUGGUCUCUUCCCCAGAGAGUGAGCACAGGCCGGCGGCCGACACAUCGGGACCCCCUGCACAGCGCCCGUCUGAGUUUCUGAGAGGGUCUGAGAUAGCUUUGCUCCGUAAGCGCCUGCAGCAGCUACGACUCCAGAGGGCCGAGCAGCAGAGGCAGCAGGAGCUGGCCACGUGCAAGCCCCAGCAGGCUCCUAGGGAGGAGGGCUCCUCACCACACCCACCUGCACCUGCAGGUGUUCACGCAAGUGAUUCUCCUCCUGUGGUUAACAAACAGCUCGGAGCCAUGUCACUUGAUGAGCAGCAGGAUGACAAUAAUGAAAAGCUGAGCCCCAAGCCAGGGACAGGUGAACCUGUUUUAAGUUUGCACUACAGCACAGAAGGAACAACUACAAGCACAAUAAAACUGAACUUUACAGAUGAAUGGAGCAACACUGCCUCGACUUCCCGUGGACAUGGGGGCCGCUGCAAGGCUGAGGGGCAUGACGAUUCAUUGGGCCCCCAGAGCUCAGGGUUGCCCCCUGAAGGAGACAUUGGGUCAGGCAUGCCUGAGUGCCCCUCAAAGGCCACAGCAAUAUGUCCAGAGGAUGCUUCCCAGGAGCGGGAGAGCCAGCACCCCAGCCCCCCAGAUGCAGGUGUGAGCCUGCAACGCAACCCCCAGGAUAUAGACACAGGUGUGAGCCUGCACCCCAGCCUUCCUGAUGCACCUGCAGGUGCGAAUGAGCUCCCCAGCCCCCCAGAUGCAAACAAAGGUGUGAGCUGGCACCCCAGCCCCCCAGAUGCAGGUGCAGGCAUCAGCUCACAACCCAGCCCCCUGGAUACAGACACAGGUGUGAGCCCACAUCCUAGCCCCCUGGACCCAGAUGCAGGCGUGAGCUCACUUCCCAGCCCCCUGGAUACGGAUGCAGAUGUGAACCUGCACCCCAGCCCCCAGGACACAGAUACAGCACAGGCUGCUGAGCGCUGCUUGGAGCCGGAACCUGAGCCAGAAGAGACACAUGGCUGCACUGCCAAAGACUCCUCCUCUGCCAAGCAGCUCCAGGACACUGGGACCUCAAAGCAGACCAGCCCCGAACCUACCACCUUGGAACCUCCGGCUCCACUGGAAGCCAUCGGGUCCUCAAGUCAGGAGGCAGGAGCCUGUGACUCCACUCUCCAGGACACAGAUGACAGCGACGACGACCCAGUCCUAAUCCCCGGGGCGCGCUACCGGACUGGACCUGGUGACAGGCGUUCUGCUGUGGCCCGUAUUCAGGAGUUUUUUAGGCGGAGGAAAGAGAGGAAAGAAAUGGAAGAGUUGGACACGCUGAACAUUCGAAGGCCCCUGGUGAAGAUGGUGUACAAGGGCCACCGCAACUCCCGGACAAUGAUCAAAGAAGCCAAUUUCUGGGGUGCUAACUUUGUAAUGAGUGGUUCUGACUGUGGCCAUAUCUUCAUCUGGGACCGCCAUACUGCUGAGCAUUUGAUGCUUCUGGAAGCUGAUAAUCACGUGGUGAACUGCCUGCAACCACAUCCCUUUGACCCAAUUCUUGCCUCAUCUGGCAUAGAUUAUGACAUAAAGAUCUGGUCACCACUGGAAGAAUCGAGGAUUUUUAACCGAAAACUUGCUGAUGAGGUCAUCACUCGCAAUGAGCUUAUGCUGGAGGAGACGCGCAAUACCAUUACUGUGCCUGCCUCCUUCAUGCUGAGGAUGCUGGCUUCCCUCAACCACAUCCGGGCAGACCGCCUGGAUGGGGACCGAUCUGAAGGCUCCGGGCAGGAGAAUGACAAUGAGGAUGAGGAGUGACGGGUUCUUGGCAAGCACUUUGCUGGUCCAACAUUUAUUCUGAUUUCUUUACGGAUCUUUCGUGCAAUUUUAAGGUUGUGGUUUUGGGGAGUAUUUGCCC